AUGAUGAAGACCUUUGGCAUCUUGCUCAUCUUGGGUCUUCUACCUCUGUGGACAAAGCUGUCAUCUGUGCACGGACAUAAACCGGGAUACACUUGGGUUUGCCCACGAACUCCUUAUGUAUGCAUUCGAGCAGAGCCUGAUGAGUGUAAAUCUGAUUUGACUUGCAAAGGAAGGAAAUGCUGUGAUUAUGCUUGCGCAAAACGCUGUGUGGAACCAGUGAAAGAAAAGUAUGGCGUGUGCCCACCAGAUUAUACCAGAUGCGCUGCUCUAGAAUCUGAUCAGUGUACAUCAGAUUCUGAUUGCAAAGGAGACAAGAAGUGCUGUUUUUGGCAAUGUGCACAUCGCUGUGUGCCUCCCUUGAAAGGUGAAUCAAUAAGCUGAAGACAUCCUCACAGAAGAAAAAGAAGUCAACAUGUCACUGACUUGGGAAUAAAGUUCACCAGUUCAUCCUCAUAAAUCAUCUGAAGGAACUCACUAUCUAGU